AGUGUGAGAAAGAGAGAGACAGGCAUAGAGAUAAAGAGAGAGAGAGAAAUAGAAAGAAAGAGAGAGGUAGAGAGAAUAACAGAGAAAGGGUUCGAGAGAGAGAGGGAGAGAGAGAAUGAGUGAGUGACUGAGUGAGCCGAACGAGAGGGUGGGAAAGCAGAGAGAGACAGAGUGAGCGAAUGAAAGAGCGAGGGGGAGAGCAGAGCUCACACGAUCAGUCAGCGCAAGUCUGUGUGAGAGAGACGAAGAGAGAAGGGGAGCAAGUGAAAGGGGGGACAGAGGUAUUGAAAAGAGAUUGUGGAAAGGAGACCCCACUGGCUGUGUCCGAUCAGCCACAGCUGUUGGAUAUUCCUGUCUUUCUGUCUGCGGUGGCCGGUUGAAGAUCAAGACACACAGACAGGCGAUAUGGUCCGGUGUGAGGACCCACAGACCAGACUGCAGCAGCACAUUGGGCUAGGAGCUCCACGCCAAUUCCAUUAGAGAGAGGACAAGGGACAGCCUCACUUUUUCACGUCAUUAAAGAGAACAAGAACGAGAGAAAAGAAAGAAAAGUCACUCCCAGCGAGAAGAGAGACAAGCGGACAAACAGACAAACAAUAAGUGGACAGAGACAAAGACAGAGGGUGUCCCUCUUUCUCCCUCUUUGUGUCACCUCUAAAGUUCCUCUGUGCCUCUUGGACUUUACCCCACUACCCCCGAACUCCUGUCCCACCCACCCCAGCACUCCCUGGCCCCAGUAUGCGCCCCUCAGCCCCCCCCUCUCCCUCCUCAGGGCUGGUGCUGUUGCUGGUUGUCUGCCCCCUAUUGGUGGUAGUGCAUGCCAGCAGCAGUAAGGCAGAGAACGGACACAGCACACACCUGGGAGACACAGACCCAGACCGCUGUAUGAGGCAUCACUUCGUAGAGACCAUCACACACCCCAUCUACAAGUGUAACUCCAAGAUGGUGUUGCUGGCUCGGUGUGAGGGCCACUGCAGCCACACGUCCCGCUCCGACCCUCUCAUCUCCUUCAGUUCGGUGUUGAAGCAGCCCUUUAAGAGCACCUGUUUCUGCUGCAGGCCCCACACCUCCAAGCUGAAGGCUGUGAGACUCCGCUGUGCCGGAGGAACACGCAUCACCGCCACCUACCGCUACAUCCUUGCCUGCAACUGUGAGGAGUGCAGUUGAGCAGAGAAAAUAACAUUUUAGAACACUUUAGAACUCUAGAAACGCUAGAACCGGCUCUUUGAGAGUUUCUACCUCUGUGAGUCUGCAGCUGUAAGGAGUGGAAUCUUAGAACUCGAGGACUUGAAGAACCCACACCUUUGUAGAACCCGUGAGUCUAGACCUGACCAAUGGAACAGGAUAGUGUUUUUGUCCCUGUAUGAUGAUUCAAGUGCCCUAACAUCUCCGCUGGCCGUCAUCUGCAAGUAGUGGAACCCUUAGCACCCUAUCGAACUCUAAAACCUAUGAGUCUAGGCCCAACCCAUGGACACAUAUAGAACCAUCAUGGCUGUUGGCGAUAACGACUCCAGUGCCCCAACUGCUAUCUGACCAUAAAUGUACAAGGAGAGGAGCCCUGGACUUUGGGAACAGGGAUAUUGGGGAGUGGAGGGGGAUUUAAGAACCAUUGAGGAACCCCAUGUACAAUUUCAUGGUUCUACUUGUGUUUCUCGGCCUGACUGAGAAGUCAGUCAUGAGAACCUUAAUUCUCGUGACUCUUUAUCAAACUGCUUUUUUUUAAAUCCUAAAUUCCCUACCUGUCAGUCUGGAUCCAACUGCAAGACUCUGAGACCUGGGUUCCUAUUCCUCUUCCAGUGGCUCAGUCCCCAACCGAUGACCAAUUAGGAACCCUGAUCCCCAAUUCUGUGUGUCUAGAACAAGCAGAACAAUUAGCUCCUCAAGGUUCCCUGGAAGAGUAAUUUCUGCUAAUUCAUCCAGGGUAGAUGUGAUUCCCCCGGAUCCCAAACAACCCUCCAUUCCCUCCCAUAAAUUUAGACCGUAAACAACUAACUGCUUUUUGUGUUUCAGCCAACCUCUCACCACUCAUUACAGGCAAAAACAACACAUCUGCACACACUCACAUCCACACACACAUCCCCUCUCUUACUACACACACUCUCUCACCAGUCACCCAUCAUUACAGGCAUCAAUAAAGAUAUGGUGCCAACGUCAUAAAAACCCACCAGUUCCCAACAACACAACAACAAAUGUCAUUAAAGGCCCAAGUCAGCCAUUUUUAUAUCAAUAUCAAAUACUUUUUUGGUUAACAAUUAAGUACCAUACUGUAACAGAUUUACAUUAAAAUGAUCAAAAAUAGCUUUUUAGCAAAAAACUAUUUCUCAAGCAAGAAUUUUGCUAGGACUGUCUGAGGGUGGUCUGAGUGGGGAGGGGGAAACUGUUAUUGGCAGAGAGGUUUGGAACUUUCUUUGAUGUUGGUCUAUUAAACAAUUUACUGCAUGGUGAUGUCACCAUGGAAAGCCCAAACUCCUAUCCAGGCAAAAACGCUGAUAAGGUCCGUGUAGAUUGUAUUUUCAACCAACAACUAUCAGGAAAUAACACUGAUAACCUUUUUUCACACUUCUACAGUGUUAGUUUCAACAAGUGUUGUACAAUAUGAUAUGAAACACAGGGAAAAUGACAUUUUGACUGCACUGGGCCUUUAAAAGCAGCAUGGGACAGAACAGACCAUGUAUCCUACAUUAUAUGCUGUAUGUGUAUUAACUGUUUUUAACUGCACCGGAGCCCCGUCUCCUAGGCAGACCAUAAACAUUUAGCACAUUUAGCACACUCAAACCCUUUCAUCUAUCUGUGUAAAACAUGACUCUCAGAGGAUAGACUCUUACAAAAUGACCGGCAGCAGAGAGGCAGCAGAGUGGAGUAUCCGGAGGGACACUCUGUUGAUGCGAAGCCAUUUUGUGGAGUAGCAUAUUCUCUCUAAAGGGAAAUGGUCUGUCAAUGCUUAUGUUAAAUACUCUGUGCAACUGACAAUAUGGUUGCUGUUGAUGUUGAAACUAUUAAUAUUAUUAUCAUGCCAGAGUUCAUGAUUACUGACAUGCUUUGCUAUCAGUAAGUAUUACUACUUUACUAAUGAUGUAAUUUCAAUACAAGGGGUUAGAUAUUUGAGAAAGGGUACUUGUACGGCUUGUGCUGCUCACCAGUCACAGUUCAAAAACAUCAUUUUGCCUUACUCUGGAUAUGCGCAUGUUCCUCUUUAGUGCAUUUAAGACAGUCCCAAAGCAUUGCAUUUAUCAGGAGUCAACUAUUGUAUCUAGCAGGUUAAGGUUAAGGUAUGGGGGAGGGUUACAUUUUGGUUUAGAGUGGAAUGGACACAAACACACAGGCGCACACACACACACACACACACACACACACACACACACACACACACACACACACACACACACACACACACACACACACACACACACACACACACACACACACACACACACACACACACACACACACUCCUCUGAAAUGCCUUUGUUCUUUGCUAUGGCCUCAAAAUGUACCCUCCCCUAUGAAAUCAUACUAUUUACUGGUCUGAGGACUUUUUAAUGCAGCUCUCUGCUGACAGCACAACUGGCUGCUUCACACAUGAACAUAAUAAAACACUCUUCCUUUGUUUCUC